GGUUAGAAGUCGCUAACAUACAGUAUAAAUACAAGCCUGUUCUUAACACAAAAUUUAGGCACACACUACAUACUCUACAGUCAUGAGGAGUCUGGUGGUUCUCGCUUUUGUGGUAGCUAGCGCCUACGGAUGUGGCGUUCCCACUUUCCCUCCCGUGCUGAGCAGGGUGGUGGCUGGAGACGAUGCCAGGCCUCACAGCUGGCCCUGGCAGAUCUCUCUCCAGUCUGACAGCAGUGGGCGCUGGAAGCACGUCUGUGGAGGCACCCUCAUCUCCUCUGACUGGGUCCUCACUGCUGCACACUGCAUCAAUAACCGCUACAACUACAGAGUGGAGCUAGGGAAACACAGCCUGAAGACGAGCGAGGAGGGCUCUGUAGCUCUGAGGGCGGCCACAAUCAUCACUCAUGACGACUACAACAUCAUGCUCAGCCGUAACGACAUUGCCCUGAUCAAACUGUCUUCCCCCGUCACCUUCUCUGACACAAUCAUGACUGCCUGCAUCCCAGAACAGGGCAUCGUCCUGCCUCAUGGUGCUCCCUGCUACGUCACUGGCUGGGGUCGACUCACCACCAGCGGCCCUGCAGCUGACAUCCUGCAGCAGGCUCUCCUGCCAGUGGUUGGCCACAAUAUCUGCUCACAGCCCGACUGGUGGUACGUCCUGGCAACAGACGAGAUGGUCUGUGCUGGAGGUGAUGGCAUCACUGCUGGCUGUAGUGGAGACUCUGGGGGCCCCCUGAAUUGCCAGAACCCUGAUGGCUCCUGGGAGGUCCACGGCGUGGUGAGCUUCGGUUCUGGUCAGGGCUGCAACGUCCUCCAGAAGCCCACCGUCUUCACACAAGUCAGCUCCUACAUCAAAUGGAUCAACACAGUUAUGACCCGCUACUGAAGAGGCUGUUCGAGAGCUUUGGUCAGCAAUAAGAACAACUAUGACUUAAAGCGUGUUGUGUCAUUUGUUGCUACUGCAAAGUAAAAUAAAAAAUGCUGUUUAUCAGUGUCAACAAA